CCACAAGCUUCCUGGUGCUAUAUGCAAUAGAGCCCCUGGUCGCCCAGAGUCGCCUCCUCCUUCCUGGAGAAACUCUCGCAGACAGCCCCCUUAGGUUUUUCGAAUUCUAGUUGGCCGGUCCCUCCUGUGUAGAUCCGGGGAACCUUGCCGCCGCCCCCAUGUUUACCUACCAGUUUCUCUAACGUCAGCCGUCCCCCGAUGAAGCUGAGCGUGCUCCGUAUCCGCCGUUCCCACUCCUUCUCCGUCGCCUUCCUGUACUGGUUCUACGUCUUCUCAUGAACGCAUCACCCUCUCUCAAGAACGCCAGCAUCUCUUCCGGUCUCUAGGUUGUUUGAUUUCUUUUAGUUUCUUGAAUCUUUGGUUCCCCCCCCUUUCUUCCAAAAAAAGUUCCUUUUUUAAGCUGAAUCUGUCCAAGAAGAGGAACAAUCAUCCGACAAUGUCGUCGCGCCGGAGCUCGAGCCCUGAGAGCAACACCGACAGCGGCAGCGGCGGCGGAUUCGCCGCCGACGAGCGCAAGCGCAAGCGGAUGCUGUCCAACAGGGAGUCCGCGCGCCGCUCCCGCGCGCGGAAGCAGCAGCGGCUGGAGGAGCUGGUCGCCGAGGUUGCCCGCCUCCAGGCCGAGAACGCGCAGGUGCAGUCUCGCAUCGCGACGUUCGACCGCGAGUUCAGCAAGGUGGAUGGCGAGAACGCCGUGCUGCGCGCCCGCCACGGCGAGCUGGCCGGGCGGCUGGAGUCGCUGGGCAGCGUCCUGGAGGUGCUCCAGAUGGCCGGCGCCCCCGUGGACAUCCCGGAGAUCCCCGACCCACUGCUCCGCCCAUGGCAGCCACCGUUCCCGAUGCAGCCCAUCGCUGCCGACGCCUUCCAGUUCUGAGCCGGCGGCUUCAAUGGCCGCCUCAACUACCAAGACAUGGCCGUGGCGUUGCCAUGGUUACCUACUACUAUUAUUACUACUGCAAUACUCAUGUACUAGGUCUGUGGUUGUGAUGUCCUUAAUCAUGGUUUGCUUUGUGUUACUAUUAAUCUAGACCAUUAGUAAUAAUCAGUUUGUGAUUCUGAACUUGUGAGUGCAUUAUGUAGCAAUGUGCUCCUACUGUGUGAUGUUGAGGAUCAAUGGAUGUGUGGGAGCACAUGGUUUGUGAUUGUAAUAUCUUGACAUGGAACAUAUAUUAUGAAUGGUUUCAUUUCAAAUGAAUUUCUAUGUGAUUGUAA